AUGGCUUUCACGUCGUUCCUCCGGUGCGCCUCGUCGAACGACACCUUCAAACCGAGUAGGACUGCAGACAAACUCAAUAGGUUACUGCAUAACAGCACGGUGCUGAAGAGAGUGGAAGCGGAGCAAGGCGGUGGGCGGCACAAUGGGCGGCACAGUGGGCGGCACAGUGGGCGGCACAGUGGGCGGCAGCAGCAGAAGGAGAUGGAAGGGGGAGGAGAGCAGGAAGUGGUGGGAGAAGGGGAGGGGGAAGGAGAGGGGGAAAUAAAAGGGGAAGGAGGGGCUGAGGAAGAAGCGGAGUGGUGCAUGGGGAAGAAUGCCGCAGAGGCAGAGAAUAAACCAAUGAGGAAGGAUAAACCUUCUGGUUCCGCUGGUUCUGCUAGCAAAGUUGGCGAUACGCAUGAGGAGAAGGGACAGGAAUCUGCUGCGGAAGAGUCUGGGGCGGCUGGAACUGGGGAGGAGGCUGCAGGAGGGAGUGGGAGGAAGAAUGCGCGGAAGGGUGGGGGUAUUGGGGGGAGGACGAGGGGGCGUGGGGCGAAGGGAGAGGGAAAGAGUGAGGGGAGUGGGGUUAAGGUAGGGGGGAGUGGGGCAAGUAGGGGAAGCAGAAGGAGGGCAGUGGGGGGGAGUAAAGGAGGAGAGGUAGGAGGGGAAGGAGGAGGCGAGUUGGGAGGGGAAGGGGGAGGAAACAUGGGAGGGAAAGGAGUAGGAAAUGGAGCAGGAGGAGAGGAGAGUGACCAAGUGGGAAGAGAGGAGAGGGAAGGGUUGGGGGAGAGCGAAGGCAUGGGGGGAGGAGAGGAGAGCGAAGAGAGCGAGGGCAUGGGUGAAGGAGAGGAGAGCGAAAAGAGCGAGGGCAUGACAGGGGAGGCGGGAGGGAGGAGAGGGGGGAGGAGGCGGAACGCAGGAGGGAGGAGGAGGCGGAACGCGUACAUUGCAGAGCUUGUGGAGGCGGAGAGGAGAGAGGGGAUGCACAUGGGAGAGGACGAGUAUGAGGACUUGGAUGGGUUUAUUGUGUUUGAGAAGGACAAGUACGAGCGCGGCGAGUAUGUGUCUGCUGUUGCUGUGGCGUGGCGAGAGGCUGCUGAAGGCUGGAGGCACGCUGGAGAAGAGUUGAUCCCGAAGAUGAAUAGUGAAAGAAGGGGGUGA